AUGGGAAAUCAGUUGGUGAAAUUGCGAGCAGACAGAGCUCAAGAUGCUCAAGAUGUUAGAGAAUGGGCCUUUGCAACUUUCCCAGGAUUAGAAACCAAUUUGGAAGCUAUUUUUGCCUAUCACUGUGUUGAUGGAGUGGGAUUAUUAGACUACGAAAUAAUUGAAAAGAUAUCUAGACAUUUGAUUAUGAAUUUUGGUUAUACUGACUUACUUUUAAGAUUCACAACACCAAAUGGUGCUUUAGAUAAUAGGCACGUAAGUAAUGGAUUAGCUAUAUUAAACGUUGAUACCAGAAAGCCAAUAACUUUAGAUGGUUUUAAGAAUUUUGUAGUUUGCUGGUUAGAUAAGUUAAUCGAAGUUCAAGACAAAGAUGUAGAAAACUUGAACUCAGCUCUAAAUAAUGAACAGGAGAAACAAAAGGCCAGAAUUCUCUAUGCAGUAGCCCAAUGGAGAGAAAGAUUCAAGACUAUUGAUGACUUCCACAUAUUCUGCGAGGAUGUUAGAGAUGCUAAGAAGGUUGAGCUCGAUGAAGUUGUAGCUGAUGUUUACGAUAUGCAAGAAAGACUCAACGAGCAACAACUCAGACUCUUACAAAGACAAAAGGAAGUUGAAGAAGUCUAUGCUAACGUACAAGCAGAGGAAGCAGCCAUACAAGAAGCUCUUGCUAAUGCUCCAGCUGCAUCUCAAAUUAUUUCCGAAGAAAUUGCCAGAACAUUCAAGAAUAAUAUUCAGGGAGACGUUACUCAAAUUGCAUAUUCUUCUGAACUUACUCCAUUUGGAGCACCAGUCUCUGCAGGUGCUUCUACUUCUUUCAAGAGGAACAUUCCAAAAGCAAGAAAAUCCGCAAAAGUUUUGGGGAUGUGCUGA